AUGCUCCAGGAGGUACGGCGCCCUCGAUCUGAUCUGCACGAAAAUCUCUUCGUUUCCUCCGCCGGAUCUCUUCCAACACGGCUCAUUUGCAGGUCGGAUACAACGGCGGGGAGCCCAUCACGGAGGAGUUCUUCGCGAAGAACAUCAGCGGCGGGCACAACGACGAUCUCGCGCGGUUCCUCUUCCCUGACUGGGAUCACAAGACAGCCAUGAAAUUCAUGGACGACAAGGAAGCCAUGUUCCGGAGGUAAUUACUACAAUUCACAGAGAACUCCGGCGGAGUCCGUCGUAGGGCGGUCAUGAUUGAGGAGAACUCCGCUUUCAGACUGGCGGCGGAGAAGCUGAAACCAGUGGAGGGACUCCACAAGCUCUGCAGAUGGAUCGAAGACCGCCGACUGAAGCGCGCUGCAGUGACCAACGCCCCCAGGGCGAACGCCGAGCUCAUGAUCUCCAUCCUCGGCCUCUCCGACUUCUUCGAGGUGCUCGUCGUAGGGAGCGAGUGCGAGCGGGCAAAGCCUUUCCCUGAUCCAUACCUGAAGGCUCUGAAGCUUAUCGGGGCGUCUUCUGAUCACACCUUCGUCUUCGAGGUCCGGUCGCCCUUCUCUUCUUCUUCUUCUUCUUCCUCCUCCCCGAGAGCGAAUAAACCCUAAUCUCUGCUCUCCGCCCCGAUUUUCUCAAGGACUCUGCGUCGGGAAUAAAGGCCGGCGUCGCAGCGGGGAUGCCGGUCGUGGGGUUGAGAACGAGGAAUCCCGAGGGGAUGCUGCUGGACGCCGGCGCCGCCCUCCUCAUCGGAGAUUUCGAGGAUCCGAAGCUGUGGGCAGCGCUGGAAGAGGACGAGCGGCGAGCUGCUGCAGCAGGCGGAGCUUAA